CCUCACCCAACCCUUGUCCUGAGACACACGACUUGCAGACGGCGAGGAAGCGAACAUCUCUCAGACCUGCUGUGAGGCCCUUAAACAAAGUCUGAAAUCCCUCGCUUUGCCUUCUCUCUCCCUCCCUUUCCAACAACUGUAAUCAAUUCUUGACCUUUGCGCGCCUGGUGUGUUUGCUUUUCCCCCAAAUCAUCCCUUACCUUACUUUCGUUUCUUCCAGCGUCGUCGACGAUUGCUACCAUUACCAUCAUCUUAUCUAUCUUUAUUGAAAUUGGACUACACGCUUGUCACGCCGCAAAGACCAUCGAUUCACUCUAGUUGGAACAGCACUAGAGCUUAUUAUACUUUGCCUUCAGAUAAACUUAACUUCUCGCCAACCGCCACGCAAACUGCCGCGAUUUGUUCUCCUCCUCAGUCAAUACACAGCGAUCCGUUGCAUCAGCCUGUGUCACCAGACUUGCAUUAGGGUCUAGUCAUUCUCCCGCGAAAUUCCAGACAGCAAACGAUUAAGCGCGUCCAAAGUCGCUUCUUCACCCUCUCACGACCAUCUCGACACCGUUCCGGUCUCGACACGAGUCUUUUUUUACUUUCACACACCCUCGCUCUCUUCCAGCAUCCCUCUUGUGGAUCUAGCUAGCCAGCCAGCUGUUAAUUGAAAAAGCUCUGCCGCAGGCCUGCUUGAGCACGACACGUCUAUUUUCUCUCUCUCUACAGUUUCAACCUUGAGAGCAAUCGUUUGUAAUACAACAAUUGCUUCACCCUAGUCAUCCAGCAAUCCUCACGCCGACACGAAAGACAUCACAGAUUUCUUUCCAUCCACUCUCUCACCAACCUUCAACGCAACUCACGUCCUUAUCUCUACCAACCAAUCAACUAGCAAAGAUGGCCCCCCGCCAGAACCGCUUCUCUUCCCCCUCUUUCACCCCCAUCCGCAACACUACCACAUCCCUCCGCCGGCUCCGCACGGCCUUCUCCCCUUCGCGCUCUGCAACUCCCUCCAACUCCACACCCUCGCGCUCCGCGAGCCCAGACUCCACAAGCUCCUCCUCCAUGUCGCCACUUACAUACCGUUCCUCGGACGCUUUCCCGGCCUCGCGCACUUCAUCGCCCGCAGACAGCCACCGCAGCACGGGAAGCAGCAUCCGUGAUAUCCUCAGGUUGAGGCGCCAGCCCAGCGUCUUGGAGGUCGAGCUUGAGGAGGAGAGGUGCUUGUUUGGUAAUGAGGUUGGCCAGUGUCUUGAGCCGAGGCUCAGUCUUGGAGAGAGGAAUGGCGGUGUCGAGGUUGGCAUUUUCGAGGUCUUGAGCCAGGGUCGGAUCUAAAGAGAAAGACGAAGAUUUCUAGUUGAUGACCGUGUAUGGAUGUAUCGAUGAUACCUUGCCCUCAAUAAGUUGAGGUGUGCUGUUGCCGACUCCAUUUUUCUUGUUUCUUCUUUACACUUUUUUCUUUACUUCUUUUUCUUUCGUUACUUUGACUUGUGUUUUGGUUCCUUCGGUCGAGGAUAUAUAUACCCCACGCAACAUGGCUUUCAGCUUGGACUCGGAAACACAAAGGUCAAGGCGUAACUUGCCUCGAACCACUCUUUUCUCCAUCAGCCGAAGGGAAAGGAAAUACGGAAAUGAUUAUUCACGAUUUCUAUUGACUUCUCUUUAUCACGCUCGCUUCCAUCUUCUUAUUUCCUUUGUUUU